UUACUAUCUUCUCCUCCUGUUGCUGCAUCUCAUCAGCAGAAGUUAUUGAAAAAGCUAAACACCUAGAAAAAAUUUUUAACAAUAUCUUUUUAAAUAAUAAUAAUAGCAAUAGUAAUAAUUAUAAUAAUGGAAUUCACGAACCUGAAAAUUCUGUCAUUCACUGUGCGCCAUAUUUCUUCAGUCUCUUUAAAUUUUGAAACAAUUGAAAAGCGCGGCGACAAAUUCGCGGGAACAUGACGUCACGAUAUCUUUAGUUGCAUAUGUCAAAAUCAAUGAUACAAGGUAUGCAUGUAGAGAAGCGACAUCAACGCCGCCUGGAUUUUCUGCGCCGAGUUAAAAUUUGCAUCAAAUUCACAAGAGCGAAGCUUGGUGAGCCUGGAAGGGCCUGGGGCAUGGAUGGAGUUUACAUAUAUAAUACUGAUACAAUAUACAUACAAUGUGCAAAAUAAAUUUGUGAUGUUCAAACGAAACUUUUUAUUUCAUUAUAUAUUAUAAUUAAAUAUUUAAAAACACUUCUAUUUAUUUAAUAUUGUGAAUGUUGUAUAUCGUUGAAUAUUAAGUGAUGAAAACAGAGCAGUUAGGAAGUUCAUCUGAGGAUGAUGAUGUGUAUUUGAAUGCUGUAGCAGUAUUAAAAGCUCUGAAGAAGAAGCAAACAUUACCACAUGGCAGUCAACAGACUGAGGAAAAAGUAGAAGAGAAACCAGAAGAAUUGAAGAUUCAAAUACCACAAAAAAAUGUAAAAGAACAAAGGCCAAAGAGGAAAACAAGCGGUAGAAGGAAAACUGCUGGUACUAGCUCAUCAAGGCAGAAACAAGGAACUUCAGCUGAUCAAGAUUCAGAUUUGGAAAUUGUUUCUGUAGAAGAAAAAUCAAAUCCAACAGCAGCAGGUGAUGAAAUUGAUAUAUUAAUAGUAGAAAAUUGUGUAGAUGAAACUUCAAAUCCUGCUGGGGAUGAGAACUAUGAUCUGUCUGUAAAAAUUCUCUGGCGAUCAAGAAACGUGCAUCGCCUGAACAUUCGUAAAAAUGAAAACUUCCAUAAAAUAUUCGAGUAUUUUGCUGAUUUAGAAAAGGUAUCAAUAGAUGAGAUUUUAAUAACAAAGAAGGAUAAAAUUAUUAAAAAGAGUGAUACUCCGGCUUCUAUUAAUUUAUCUGUGAUAGACAUACUUGAAGGAGGUAUUGUCAAGAAAGACAGUACUACACCUCAAAAUUAUGAAGAGAAUGAUGAGAACACUUGUGUUAUAAAAGUACAAACAACAACAAAGAAAACCAUAACCGUAUCCGUUAAACGAGAUGAAAAUUUCCAAGUUCUUUCUGUAAAAUGUGCUCAAGCUUUAGACGUCGAGGAAUCAAAAAUUAAAUUAUAUUUUGAUGGAGAAUUAAUUACAUUAACAGAUACUCCCGAUUCACUGGAAAUAGAAGAUGAAGCAUGUUUCGAUCUCAAAUUAGCUUCGUAGAAGAUGGUAGUUCCCUAGUUUCCUGUGCUUCUACGAUUCUACUAUUAACUAUAUUGCCUUGUGCAUCAGUUUCGUCAAUGGAUAUUAAAAUAUUCGAAAGCACAGGUAAAGAUUUUCUUUCGUCUGGUUCCUCCGCUGAUUUCUCCGUACUUCCUUUAUCUACAUUUUCUUCUUCACCCACAUCUUCAUAAAUCUAAAAUAGUAAAAAUUAUAUUUCAUAUUUCCAUUAGUUAUAGUUCAAAUUUUAUCUUAAAUAAUGAUACUACCUCCACUUGUGGUACACUAGCAUUCUCAUUUAACUUAAUUUUAAAUUUUUUAUUUUGGUUUUUUAAAUUUCCAAUUGAAGAAUCAUUCUCUUCUUCAAUAGCUUCAUAUCUAACUUUCUGCAAUCUGUAGCAACCAUCUUCUUCAUGAGUGUACUGAAAUCUUGUAUGACCGCUAGGUAAUUGUAAUCUAUGCGCUUCGAUUAAAUGCCUCGUUAAUCUAUA